AUGAAGCCAGCUCCAAGUUCUCAAUUGGUAGAUACCACCCUAGGCCAAGCUAAUUGGUCUUACACUCCCUCAUUCAGCAACCUCUUUCAUAAACUCAUUACCCCAGCCAGCACCCCCUCUCGUACACUCACUACCCCAGCCAGUACCCCCUCUCCUACGCUCACUACCCCAGCCAGUACCCCUUCUCGUACACCCACUACCCCAGCCAGUACCCCCUCUCGUACACUCACUACCCCAGCCAGUACCCCUUCUCGUACACUCACUACCCCAGCCAGUACCCCCUCUCGUACACCCACUACCCCAGCCAGUACCCCCUCUCGUACACCCACUACCCCAGCCAGUACCCCCUCUCGUACACCCACUACCCCAGCCAGUACACCCUCUCGUACACCCACUACCCCAGCCAGUACCCCCUCUUAUACACUCACUACCCCAGCCAGUACCCCCUCUCCUACACCCAUUACCACAGCCAGUACCCCCUCUCGUACACUCAAUACCCCAGCCAGUACCCCCCUCUCCUACGCUCACUACCCCAGCCAGUACCCCUUCUCGUACACCCACUAGGCCACCCAGCAUCCCCUCUCGCACACUCACUAGGCUACCAAACAACCCCUUUCUCACACUUACUACCACUGCCAACACCACUUCUUGCACACUUUCCUGUUCAACUCUCAGGGUCACACCCUCUCAGGAAGAGCUACUCCCACUCUCUCUGCCAGCAGUACCUCUCACCCACUAUCCCAUUCAUCCUCAUUGAGCACACCUUAUCACACACUUUCUCACUCAUCAUACACCCCCACUUACACAGACUCUUCCACACUCUCGGGGCCUCCCCACUCCACAUCUAACACUACUUCUGACACAUCUUCUACUACUAUCACAUCAUCUAGAGUGCAGGAGUUAAUUGAACGAUUUGGUGGUCAAAUAUCAACCUGGUGA